ACUGGUUCCAUGAAGAGCUGUCUCAAAAGUUCUCAAUCAGCCACCCGGCGCCGUCGUGUAUCAUUUGGAGAGAAGGAUGAAGUGUUUGAAGUGGAGAACUGGGACCGCACCCCCUUCCAUGCUAAUCUCUCGCUGUCUUACGACGAUUUAUGCGAAUUGGACGAGAUUCAGAACUCUCUUCUGGCGGCGCAGCCUUGGCCAGCUGCUUUGCCCAUUAAACUCGUCACGAACAGCCCUGCAGUUAUCUCUGAUGCCAUUCCCGCUCCCCCUGUCGUGACGCGAAAAAGGGCCAGGUCAUUCUACGCGCCACGCUUUGCUUCUUUGACGCCGAGCGUUGCUGUUCCUCCUCGCUUUGCUGCCGCGCGCCGGUGCCCAGCUUCUACUUUCAAAUCCACCAAACAGUCUCGUAUGAUCAUCAAUGGGGUCGAGCUUGUUGUAGAUGAGGACGAAGAAGUCUCCCCUAUUUCACCCAUGGAGGAUUUUCUCCAUUAUGGACACAUACCCAUAAUCCUCCCAACACCCUCCUCUCCAACCGACUCGUUUCCGCCGUCGACAUAUAAUCUCUCGCCUGAUCCAUUCGCUAUAACUCCGCCGCGCCCAGUCCCUCCUCGUCUCGACCUUACGUUUGAUCCUCUGACAUAUUCGAUGACCAAGAAAAUUUCACCGCAGAUCUAUUAA